AGGUGCGCUCCGGUCGAUUUCGUAGCUCAGUCUGCAAUACGAUAUAAACGAAAACGGUUGGCUAUCGUAGCUGCCUAUUUUUAGUCUAUCAUCCCGUCUACUCACUGUGAUUGUGCAAAUAUUGUAAUAUCUUGAUACGCCUUGAGAACUUGAAAAAUUGCAAAUCCGGCGAGCGGUGAAAUCACGAGGGUGUGAACAUUUGAUUUGAUUUGGAAAAGUGAGAAAAACAGAAAUGAGUGCUGAAUGGAACAUAUUGUCCAGAGUUCCGAAAAUUCUGGAAGAACAUCAUUUCAUUGGCACGCCGGACGAGGAACCAGUUGUUCGAUUUGAGCACCCCGACGAUUUGAAGAACCUCAUUGACUUCACACUUGACAGUGCUAAGCCACGGGAUCAGUCAGAUGUCGAGCGGAUAAUCAAAGAUGUACUGCACUAUUCAGUGAAAACCGGGCAUAGGAAUUUCCACAAUCAGCUUUUCGCAGGUGUUGAUCCAUAUGGUUUGGCCGGUAGUUGGAUCACGGAUGCACUGAAUACGAGUCAGUACACCUUUGAGGUUGGUCCAGCGUUUACGCUGAUCGAAGAUGCUCUUAUAAAGAAAUGUUUAAACAUGUUUGGGUUCAACGAGGGCGAUGGAAUCCUUUCACCCGGUGGAUCCAUAUCGAACAUGUACGCAAUGGUUGCGGCACGGUACAGAGCGGUACCGGAUGUGAAACGUACUGGUUUAGCAAAUCACGUUGCACUGGUAGCUUUCACUUCAGAGGAUGCUCAUUACAGUAUUAAGAAAGCCGUACACUGGCUGGGCAUUGGCAUUGACAAUAUGGUGCUAGUCAAAACCGAUACUCGAGGCCGAAUGAUCCCGGAAGAGUUGGAGAAAGCCAUUGAGUCAGUUGUUGAAUCUGGACGGAAGCCCUUCUUCGUGAAUACCACUGCCGGUACCACAGUUAUGGGAGCAUUUGAUCCAUUUCAUCGGAUUGCUGACAUCUGCCAAAGGCAUAACAUUUGGAUGCAUGUUGAUGGCUGCCUGGGUGGAACGGCAAUCCUAUCAAACAAGUGUGCUCAUCUUCUGACAGGUGUUGAACGCGCCGACUCGCUAGCUUGGAACCCGCACAAAACAUUGGGAGCUCCAUUGCAGUGCUCAAUUGUUGUCUUCAAGCACAAAGGUCUGCUCCACGAGUGCAACUCUGCUAAUGCGGAUUAUCUGUUUCAACUAGAUAAAUUCUACGAUGUAUCGUAUGACACUGGCGAUAAGAGCGUUCAGUGCGGAAGGAAGGUAGAUGCGUUCAAGAUAUGGCUAAUGUUUAAAGCACGAGGAGCUAAUGGUUUGAGUGAGUUAGUUGAUAAUGCUUUUGAUUGCGCGCGAUAUUUUACUGACGAGAUUAGAAACCACUCUGGAUUCCGAUUGGUUAUUGACGAGUAUCAGUAUACCAAUAUCAGCUUCUGGUAUAUCCCCGAGAAAUUACGAGUGGACGUUGAGCAGCAAAGCGAAUCAUGGUGGGCUCGCAUUUAUGAGAUAACAGCGGAAAUAAAGGAGAGACUGGUGAAGCAAGGAACCGUGUUGAUUGGCUACGUUCCUCUGCCCCACAAAAAGUUGGGAAACUUUUUUCGAAUGGUUGUUACCUGCCAUCCAAAGCCAACGUACGACUCCAUGCGGUUUGUGAUAGACGAGAUUGAACGAGUUGGUGAAACGCUUUGAGUGAAUUAUGCACUAUGUUUUUUUUUUAUGUAAGUGAUCUUCAGUCGAAGGCUGGUUCAUCCCGAUGUGCGGUAUAAGAGGUGAGGAGAAAGGAAACUAGUGGACUCUUUCAUUCUGACGGUGUUCUUAUGCAACAGC